CUAGAGACUUGCGCUACUUGCGACUUGAAGCGCACUAAUAGAAACACGUGGGAGCAUGAGCGGAAUCGUGCUGCUUUCUCUGGUGUCUUUGGCCGCGGCUACGCCAAUAACCUUCGGCCCAGAUGGAAGACACUACAUGUUGCAAUUAUUUAACGGCCACUAUGCGAUCGAUCGAUCUGAUCAGGAAAUCUCCGGUACUUCCGGCGGCGGAGGUGACUACGGAGGUGGCUAUGGAGGUGGUUAUGGGGGUGGCGACAUCGGGGGUGGCCAUGGGGGUAGUGGUUUCGAAGCUAGUUCUGCUGGCGGCCAUAUAGAGUCUGGUGGUAGUCUCGAGAGUGGUCAUCAGGAUUUCUCUUCUGGCGGCGGAUUCGACGGUGGUCACAGCGGUGGAGAUGGUGGCCAUGGAAUCUCGCUGGACAGCGGACAUAAUUAUGUUCACAGUGUUCCCGUCUCUGAGCAUGUCGAAGUGACAAAGCCUGUUGCUAUACCAGUCUACAAACACAUUGGUGUACCGGUCCCGAAAUCAGUGCCGAUACACGUGCCGCAUCCAGUAGCAGUUGGCAUUCCGCAACCUUAUCCCGUUCAUGUCCCCAUACCGAAGCAUAUUCCCAUACAAGUCGUGAAGACAGUGGCGGUCCCGGUAGAGAAGAAGGUGCCUUACCCCGUGGAGAAGCACAUACCGAUACCCAUCGAGAAGCCAGUUCCUAUCACAAUCGAGAAACACAUCCCCGUUCCAGUCGUGAAGCCGUAUCCUAUCAAGAUUCCCGUUUACAAGACUAUUUAUCAUCACGCGAAGAAGCAUUAAAGUGUGCCUAUGGCAUGGAGGAUUUCUACGGAUAAGGAAAAACGUGGUACAUAUAAUCUAGGGCUAUGUUCUAAAAUUUGCCAGUGCUGAAAAUUUAUUUCGCACGUAACGUAAAUUGUAGAUUUUUAGCGCUAACAAGGAAUUUU